AUGUCGUCCAUUCGUUGUACUGGCAUGGCCUCCAGCCCUCAUUCCGAGAAUGAGACCUCCUCUCAUGGUACUCCCUCUACAAACCCCACUACCUUCUCUCCCGAGGCUGCAUCUGGCACCAAGGGCAAGUCUCGUGUCAUCGCCAUCAUGCCUUGCAUGCCAGCUCGUCAGCCUCUCAAGGUUGGAGUUGCAAAAGCCAACAAUGCUGGUGAUGAUGUGUUCUUGAACGCACCGGCCUCCACCAAUAUUCGUCAACUCUCCCCGACUGCAGAAGUCUUCACCCCCGGUGCUCAGACUCCGUUCAAGAAGGCAUUCCAUGUCGGUACUCGUGGCAAUGUCACUGCUCUCCCAAUGCCCGCAUACCCCUACUUCCCAUCUCGUGUCCCAUCUCGUGGCAAGCAAGUCAAUUCUGCGGAGGAUGUCCAAGCUGGAGGCGUAAGCUCCCUGCUGAAAGGCAGUACCCCGGAACGCAAGGCCAAGGCUCUAACCCCCGAGCAGGCUCAACCCAUUGUCCCAGGAGUCAUUGGAGGCCCACGUAUCGCAUCUGACGACAAGGAUCUCGCCAAGGCCUUUGCAAAACUCAACGCGGGUCGCGCUCUCACCGGUACCUCCAUGUACCACAUCAACUACUCUCAGGGCAUCUUCAGCACAGAUGAGAACGUCACCCGUGCCUUCGUCGUCACCGGCAUUCCCGAGAGCUUCCGAUCAACUGACAUUGCGGCCAUCUUCAAGACUUCAUCGUUCUCUUCCUUGAGAUCCAUCAAUGCUUCUCAGUUGGUCACCCAUGGUCUUGUCACUCUUUCCUUUGCCGAUGUUCGUGAGGCCAAGCUUGCAUUCGAAGUUGCCAGCACCCGCCUUCCCUUGGCUCGGGUUUUCCCAUUGCCUCCCAAGGGCCUUGCUUCUGAUGAAGGCAAGGAUCCUCACCAGGUCACCGACUUUGAAGGUCAAGUCAUCGUCACUGUCUACUACAAUGGCCACCCUGCUGUCCAACAGAAGGAUGCAUACGCUGUCGUUGCCGAGAUCAAGCGUCUGCUUGCUCAGUGUGGUCCUGUCAAGGCCUUCCACACCCUGGCACCCACUCAGAUCCACGUUCGAGAGUUCCGUGUCGAGUUCUUCAAUGCCGACGUCGUUGAGGCUGCCAAGGACGUGAUCAGCGGCACCAUGACUUUUGGUAUGGUCUUGGAUGUUGAACCGUACAAGCCAGAUGUUCGUGACGUCGCUACUACCAUUGGUGAGGCACCUAGCCCUCGUGAGCAGCUUUCAAUCACCGGUCGUUCCACUGUUCCGGUCGAUCCCGACUAUGAUCGUCUUGCCGUUGUCAUUCAGCGUGACGCACUUCGCACUGGUCGUCGUCUCAAUCAGAACGCAAAUCACAAUGCUGUCGACAUUGCUCGCAUCCAGGCAGGCAUUGAUGUCCGCACCACCAUCAUGUUGCGCAACAUCCCAAAUCGAGUCGACCAACUGAUGUUGAAGAAGCUCAUUGAUGUUACCAGCCAUGGUCGCUAUGACUUCAUGUACCUUCGCAUCGAUUUUGCCAACAACUGCAAUGUGGGAUAUGCCUUCAUCAACUUUGUUGACUUCGUUCUUGCCCGUGCUGGAAAGCGCUGGAACUGCUUUGCAUCUGACAAGGUUGCCGAGGUCUCCUAUGCCACCAUCCAAGGCAAGGACUGUCUUGUCCAGAAGUUCCGCAACUCUUCUGUCAUGCUUGAGCAUCCUUCCUUCCGCCCCAAGCUCUUCAUCACUGGCAAUGUUCCCACCGCUGGCAAUGAAGAACGCUUCCCUGGACCUGACAAUGCUUCCAAGAUGCGUCGCUCGGUGGAGAAUGCGGAACAUGUCGGUCUGUUUGUCCUUCCAUCUCCCACCCGACGUCCCUUCCCAAUGGAACAUCGCUUGAGACGAGUGGGCCAAACCAACGUGGGCAAUGGUCGUCGUUCAGGCCGCUAUCUCCCACCUGCCCGUGCAACCACAGCCAGCCCACAAGUCAAGGAGACUGCAGGCAAGGCAGACACCCCAUCUCAUGGUUCUGUCUUCUUCGUCAAUGUCAACAGUCCCUAUGACCCAUUUGCCGGCAGCCCUGCCCAAUUCUCGUGA